GACGUCUUUUCGGAGGCUUUCGAUACAGUCCUGACGACCCAAGAACUGACUCAUGUCUGACAAACUAGCUUAUAUUUAUGUCUGCCUGACAUAGCACUGAGAGCGAGUAGGUGUAGUUAGCUUGUUGGCAUUACAUCUCCUUGGCAACCUGCAAAAAAGUACUGCAAGUUCCAUAAUGCUUUGCGGCUUGUGUCCGGAAGUGAUACGUCUCGUAUUGGGUCAACGACAACGAUAGCGCGACGCAGUUACUUCCAUUUUCCUCCAAAAAAGACACCGCCAUGCCGCCUGGGCCUGUUCAAAUAGUUCAGCCGGAGCCCAACAACAAGAAUGAUGCACCCGCAGAAGAAACCCCAGCCACUAAACCCAUCGUUGGUAUCAUAUAUCCACCUCCUGAGGUCCGAAACAUAGUUGACAAGACAGCCAGCUUUGUUGCCAGGAAUGGACCUGAGUUUGAAGCAAGAAUCCGUCAGAAUGAGAUCAACAAUCCAAAGUUUAAUUUCCUCAACCCUAAUGACCCCUACCAUGCCUACUACCGUCACAAAGUCAAUGAAUUUAAGGAGGGCAAAGCGCUGGAACCAUCUGCAGCAGUGCCUAAGGUUAUGCAGCAGGCCAUGCAGCAGGCCCAACAGCUUUCUCAAAAAGUGCAGGUGAUUCAAGAGACAGUUGUCCCCAAGGAACCACCUCCUGAGUACGAGUUCAUCGCGGAUCCCCCAUCGAUCUCAGCAUUUGAUCUGGAUGUUGUCAAACUCACUGCCCAGUUUGUUGCUCGCAAUGGUCGCCAGUUUCUUACUCAGCUCAUGCAGAAAGAACAGAGGAACUACCAGUUUGACUUUCUGCGGCCACAGCACAGCCUUUUCAACUACUUCACCAAACUGGUUGAGCAGUACACUAAGAUUCUGAUCCCUCCCAAAGGCCUUCUGACCAAGCUGAAGAGAGAAUCUGAGAAUCCAAGAGAGGUUAUGGACCAGGUGAGGUACCGUGUUGAGUGGGCAAAGUUCCAGGAGCGUGAGAGGAAGAAGGAAGAGGAGGAAAGAGAGAAAGAACGGGUGGCAUAUGCCCAAAUCGACUGGCAUGACUUUGUAGUGGUUGAGACGGUGGAUUUCCAGCCCAACGAACAAGGUCACUUCCCCCCACCUACCACACCAGAGGAGCUUGGCGCUCGCAUCCUAAUCCAAGAGCGCUAUGAGAAAUAUGGUGAGAGCGAGGAGGUCGAGAUGGAGGUUGAGAGUGAGGAUGAAGACGAUGAUCGGGAGCCCCGGGCCGAAGGCCAGGCCUCACAGCCUGAUCAAGACACGCAAGUGCAGGACAUGGAUGAGGGAUCUGAUGACGACGAUGAUGGCAUGAAGGCUCCACUGCCACCAGAUAACCCUAUGCCACCCCCACUGCCCCCAACUCCGGACCAGGUUAUUAUUCGCAAAGACUACGAUCCAAAAGCUUCCAAGCCUCAGCCCUCAAUUACAACUCCAGAUGAGUAUCUCAUCUCACCAAUUACUGGCGAGAAGAUCCAAGCCAGUAAGAUGCAAGAGCACAUGCGCAUUGGUCUGCUGGAUCCGCGCUGGCUGGAGCAAAGGGACCGCAGCAUCAGAGAGAGGCAGACCGAAGAUGAAGUCUAUGCUCCUGGUUUGGAUAUCGAGAGCAGCUUGAAACAACUGGCUGAGAGGCGUACCGACAUCUUCGGUGUGGAAGAGACAGCCAUCGGUAAGAAGAUUGGCGAAGAAGAAAUCCAGAAGCCAGAAGAGAAGGUUACUUGGGAUGGCCACUCGGGAAGCAUGGCUCGUACCCAGCAGGCUGCACAGGCCAACAUCACCCUGCAAGAGCAGAUCGAAGCCAUUCACAAGGCCAAAGGACUGGUGGGAGAGGAUGACACUAAGGAGAAAAUUGGCCCAAGCAAGCCCAGUGAAAUUCAUCACCAUCCUCCCAUGCCCUCUGGAAUGGGUAUGCCUAAACCCAAUCCCCAAAUGACAGUGCCUCGUCCACCCCACUCUGUGGCACCAGUGCGCACCACUCUCCUGUCUGCCGUACCUGUAAUGCCAAGACCGCCUGUGGCUCCUGUGGUGCGCCUUGGACCAGGACAAGUUAUAGCAUCAAUGCCUCCCAUGAUUCCUGCUCCCCGCAUCAAUGUGGUCCCCAUGCCACCAUCAGCACCUCACAUGAUGGCCCCCAGACCUCCGCCCAUGGUUGUUCCAUCUGCAUUUGUCCCUGCCCCUCCAGUGCCACAACCUCCGAACUCUGCUCCUGCACCACCAUCCCACCCACCCCCACCUCAUGAUGAUGAGCCAGUCAACAAGAAGAUGAAAACAGAGGACAACCUUAUUCCAGAGGACGAGUUCCUUCGUAGAAAUAAGGGUCCUGUGGCAGUUAAAGUACAGGUCCCCAACAUGCAGGACAAGACCGAAUGGAAGCUGAAUGGCCAAGUGCUGAAUUUCACUGUCCCACUCACAGAUCAGGUGUCUGUUAUUAAAGUCAAAAUCCACGAAGCUACAGGCAUGGCAGCAGGGAAACAGAAGUUGCAGUAUGAGGGCAUAUUCAUUAAAGAUUCCAACUCCCUGGCUUAUUACAACAUGAGCAACGGUUCAGUCAUUCACUUGGCACUGAAGGAGAGAGGUGGAAGAAAGAAGUGAGCCAUGCAGCAAGAAGGAACCAAUUUUACUUGUGGAUGUUUUGUCUCUCACAUUUUAGUUUAGGAAUGCUAAAUAAAUUGUAUGUACACUGCCUUACAGGCAUGGGUUCACAUGAUUGGUUCGACUCUUGAUUUGUUCAUGAUGAUAUACAGUAUUUAGUAACUUGUAACAAUAUGUAGAGCCCCAUAAUUCAAAAUAAAAAGGAAUAAAAA